AUGGAAGGUGAAUCCGAAGAUUCAAAUAUGGAUGUGUGUGAGAUCGAAGAAGAACAAGAAAAUUUACCACCAACAACUUCUACACAAACAAAAACAUCAAUUCAUUGUAAAUCUAAGAAAAAAAAGGUGUUUUUAAAAAAGAUAGGUUAAGUGCUGAUGCAUUUUCAUCAUGGUUACAAGAAGUAAAAAACGACUGUACACAAGCUCGAUGUAAAGCUUGUUUAAAAGCAUUUGGUGUACAUCAUGACGGUAAAACAGCAAUAAAAAACAUAUGAAUACUGCUUCUCAUCAAACAUGUAUGAAAUUAUUUGAAACAAACUCACUGAUUCCCUUAUAUGUACCUUGAGGGUGUGGGUGUGGGUGUAGGUGUGGGUGGGUGUCGGUGUGGGUGUGGGUGUAGGUGUGGGUCGGUGUGGGUGUGGGUGUGAGGGUGUGGGUGUGGGUGUGGGUGUGGGUGUGGGUGUGGGUGUG